UAAAUUGCGAGCACAGAACAAUCCAGAACGACCGUUUUGCCGCCGUAUCAGCCUAUCCGCCUCUGCACUCUUCAAACCUCACAUAAACCCACACCUCUUUCUUUCUCUGUCUGAACCCCUCUACCAGAGCGACGUCGUUUCGCUUCCAUGGCUUCCAUAUCGGUGGACAUCGCCACGACCCUUAUCGGGCUAACUUCUCGCCGCUCCAUCCGACUCCCCAGGGUCGGUGCCGUAGCCCGCUUUCCCUUCACGUGGAGACCGAGGACUUUCGCACGCUCCCAAACCCUACACUACUCGGCGUCGUCGUUUUGCCGAGCUCUUGUCGCCAAGCCCAACCGAGGCUACAGAAGGUUCACUGCGGCUGCGAGCAGCGCAACGACGUCGCAGAGCGAGAGCUCCGACGUUUUGACCCAGAUUGAGCCGGAUAAUCGCAUCCCCGCCACCAUAAUCACCGGUUUCUUGGGCUCCGGAAAGACUACAUUACUUAACCAUAUAUUGACCGCGGAACACGGGAAGCGAAUCGCGGUGAUUGAGAACGAGUAUGGUGAGAUAGAUAUUGAUGGUUCUUUGGUUGCUGCGAAAACCACUGGGGCCGAAGACAUUGUUAUGUUGAAUAAUGGUUGCCUUUGCUGCACUGUGAGGGGUGAUCUUGUGCGGAUGAUUGCGGACUUGGUGAAUAAGAAGAAGGGGUUUGAUCAUAUUGUUAUAGAGACUACUGGAUUGGCAAAUCCGGCACCGAUCAUUCAAACCUUUUAUGCUGAAGAUCAGGUUUUUAAUGAUGUCAAGUUGGACGGUGUUGUAACGUUAGUUGAUGCUAAGCAUGCUGUUUUUCAUUUGGAUGAAGUUAAGCCAAAAGGAGUUGUCAAUGAGGCUGUAGAGCAGAUUGCUUAUGCUGACCGUAUCAUUGUCAAUAAGACCGAUCUUGUUGGUGAGCCAGAAAUUGCUUCUUUGGUGCAACGAAUUAAGAACAUCAAUGGCAUGGCUCAAUUGAAGCGGACAGAGUUUGGGAAAGUUAACCUGGAUUAUGUUCUUGGUAUUGGAGGAUUUGAUUUGGAGAGGAUAGAGAGUGCUAUUGAUGCUGAAGGUGAAAAGGAAGAUCAUGACCAUCACCAUGAUCAUGACCAUGAUCAUCAUCACCAUCAUGAUGAGAAACACGAUCACAAGCAUGAUCAUCAUGAUGAUCACCACGCCCAUGAUCAUGUUCAUGAUCCUGGUGUUUCUUCUGUCAGCAUAGUUUGUGAAGGGAACUUAGAUCUUGAAAAGGCUAACAUAUGGCUUGGUACGCUGUUGUUGGAACGAAGCGAGGACAUAUAUCGUAUGAAAGGUCUUCUAUCUGUUCAAGGAAUGAAAGAGAGAUUUGUCUUCCAGGGAGUUCACGAUAUAUUCCAAGGCUCGCCUGAUCGGCUGUGGGGCCCCAACGAGCCAAGAACGAACAAGAUUGUUUUCAUAGGGAAGAACUUGGAUGCGCAGGAGUUGGAAAAGGGUUUUAAAGGCUGUUUACUGUGAUUUCUGAGACAAAGCUCGGUACUUUUAUUCCCCUAUUAAAGAUUGACCAAAAGGGAUGAUUGAACAUUUUGUUGUACAUGUUCAUGUGUUGUAGCCGGAAACAGUGAACGAGUCACGACAGAGAGAAUCGAUGGAUGAUUUUACAUGAUAGUAAAUGCUUAUUUCCACAUUA